AUUACUGAAUCAAAACUCUCUUUCACCGGAAAAAAUUCAAUGGGCAACUCCUCGUCGAUGCUGACUCAGUACGAUAUCGAAGAAGUACAACAACAUUGUAACAACGCGUUUCCGCAGCAGGAGAUCGUUUCUCUGUACGAGAGAUUCUGCCAGUUGGAUCGAAAAGGCGGCGGUUUCGUCUCCUCCGAGGAGUUCUUGUCCGUGCCUGAGUUUGCUGUUAAUCCUCUCUCUCAGAGAUUGUUGAGGAUGGUAGAUGGAUUGAAUUUCAAGGAUUUUGUAGCGUUUUUGUCUGCAUUUAGUCCUCGUGCUACUUUGCAACAAAAAAUCGAAUUUAUAUUCAAGGUGUAUGAUUCAGAUGGCAAUGGGAAAGUUACCUUUAAUGACAUGUUGGAUGUUUUGCAUGAUUUGACUGGCCAAUUCAUAUCUGAAAAGCAGAGUAAGCAAGUUUUGACUCAAGUUCUUGAGGAAGCGGGUUACGCUAAGGAGUCCCUGUUAGUUCUGUCAGACUUUGUAAAGAUUCUCGGAAGCUCCGGUUUGAAGAUGGAAGUUGAGGUUCCGGUGGACUAAACUGCUGGUAACCAUUCUAUACUACCGUGAUUUCCUAGCAUUGCCAACUCAUCUC